AUGGCCAAGGUCGCAAGUGAUCCAACAGGAGGCGAUAUGCAACAAUUGGUGGUAGUAGGAUCAGGAGGUGUCGGGAAAUCCUGUCUCACAGUCCGUUUCCUCAAGGACGAAUUCACCAACGACUAUGACCCAACCAUAGAAGAAAACUACCGCAAAGCAAUAACAGUCGACGAUCACCCGUGCACUGUAAACAUUAUCGAUACAGCCGGCCAGCACGAAUAUACGGCGCUCCGUGAUCAGCACUUGAAGGAUGGCAAGGGGUUUUUGCUGGUUUUCGCUAUUAACGACAAGUCGACUUUUGAGGAAGUCAAGCAGCUGAGGGAGCAGAUUAUUCGGUUGAAGGAUACGAAACGGGUACCGCUGGUUAUGAUUGGAAAUAAGUGUGAUUUGCCAGCUGAGAUGCGGGAGGUGGAUGAGAAGGUUGCUGCUGGGUGGUGUGCGAGUAAUAAGAUACCGUAUAUUGAGAGUUCUGCAAAGGAAGCAAUUAAUGUAACAGAAGCCUUCUUUGAACUCGUUCGAGAAUGCCGUAAAGUGGAUGGCAGAACUACCAACAAACCAGCCAAAGUCGCUCACAAGAAAAAGUCUGGAUGUACGAUUUUCUGA